AUGCGUCUCCUCCCCUUCUUCGUCCCCUUGGCCGCCGCCGAAACCCUCGGCUCAUGGACCAUCUCGGCCCUCUCCCGCCAAUGCACCCCCUCCAACACAGCCUGCACCUACACCCUGACCCUCACCACCCCUUUCACCUCCACCUUCCCCGACCAGCAACAGCAACUCCAACAACAACAACAAACCUGCACCUUCACUAUUACCUCCCCCGACACCGACCCAAACGCAGCCCCAUCCUCAACCCCCGCCAGCCACACCUCCUUCACCGCCAUCCCCUGCCACAACAGCCCCAACCCCGACAACACCCCCAACCUUAACACCCCCACCAAUAACCCCAAUUUCAAAUCCACAUACAGAUACACACUCAACGGCGGCUGGGACCGCAGCUACACCUUCCUCACCCUGGUUCCCACCGACACCACCGACGGCAGCCAUGCCUUUUUCGGGUAUACCGAGGACGAGCUUGUGGGGGGGAGGGUGGUGGGGGUGAAGGAGGGGGUUGUUUAUCGCGGGUGGGGUACCGAGUCUGAGUUUGAGGGUUCUGAGGCUGAGGGUUCUGAGCUUGGAGGUUCUGAGUUAGAAAGGGUUGGGGAGGGGGUGGGUGUGGAUGUGGGUGUGGGUGUGGGUGGUUCUGGUGUUGAGGGGGGUUAUGAGGAGGGUGGUGGUGGUGGUGGUGGUAGUAUUGGGGCGGUUCUGCGUAAGAAACGGGAUGAUGGCCGGGGGAGGGUGCGUGCCGGGAUGGGGGUGAUGUCGGAGGGGAAGGGGAAGGAGAUGGCCGGGGGGGGAGUGGAGAGGAUCGGGAAGAGGGCUAGCGAGGAGGAGGGGAAGAAGUGGCAGAUCAAGGGGCUGGCACGGUUCCCCGACCAGGGCGCCAACACGACAACCUGGCAGUUCACGAUCGUGCACACCGGCGGCAAGGAAACGCACUGCUCGCCGACGUCGCCCACCAGCGACCCCGUCGGCAGCUUCUACGGCAUCCCCUGUGGUACGAACGACGGCGCGGACUUCAAAGCUUCGUGGGGAAACAGAGUUCUAACCAUGACUAGCGUGCCACACGGAACAGACGCGUGGUUCGGGUUCGAGCAGGUCUCUCACAACCAGUGGCUUGGCGAUUCUAAAAAGGAGCCCGUCUUUUAUACGGGUUGCGGUUGA